AUGGGAUCCAAGAGGUUUGUGGAGUAUCUCUCUGCCUCUGUUGCAAACCUAAGCUCCAUGGUGCUGAGCAUGUCGUCUGGGUCCCGUGCUCCCGCUGAAGAGGAAUCUGCGGUUCCCCUGAGCUCAAUAAACAUGAGCGAAAAGAUGCAAGAUUCCGAGCGCCUGGGCGGUAGCCAUUCAAGCGGCGAUGAGACUGUUGUCUUGAAGAGAUCCGACCACGAGAGGCUUUGUGAGGAACUUGAGUCGAGCAUGGCAAUGAUAGAGGAGCUUAAGAGGAAGGAGAGGGAGCAUGGGAGAAUGCUGAAGAACUACGACACAACUCUUGCAUAUGUACUGGAAAGGAAUGAAAAAGAAAAGGCUCUUUUGGAAAGCACGAUCAUGAGUGAGGAGAUAGAGAGGCUAAGGUCCAAUGAGUACAGACUGAAGACCUACAUCCAGGCGUUGAAGAGAGAUCUGUUUGCCAGCGAGGACAAGAUGGAGUCUCUUCGGAGAGCAAACAAUGAAAAGAUAGAGGCUCUAUCUGAGCAGGCGGAGGAAAUCAAAAGGAUGUACGAGGAGCAGAAGAGGAAAGCUUCCUGUCUCAGCAACAAAGUGGCUGGGCUGGAGAGUGCUCUUAGAGUGCGGUGCGAGGAGAUGGUUGAGGUUGUUGAGUACUGUAAGUAUCUGCUGCGAUGGGGACAUUAA